AUGUUCAGAAUUAAAAUAAUGUCAAGCAUUGCUUUAUCUUCAAUCUCGCUGAGCAUUUUGUUUCUUCUGCAGACAGUAAAUUAUAUAGGUUUAGAAUCAUCAGGUGUGUACUUGUUUUCAACUCUGACAGCCGGAAUCGUCACGCUGAUAUUUGCUGCUCUCUCGGCUCUAUCCGUUUUCAUACAACCUUCAAGAGAAACAGCACUCGCAUCCACGACAGUCUUUAUUACCUCCAUUGUCUGGGCCUCAGUUGGUCUGUCAGAUAUUUCCAACGAAGUCAUUCAAAGCAUAUCCGAAGGAAACUCGUCAGCGGAAACGUUUUCACAAAGAGAAGUUUUACUUCCGGGUCAUGGAACGGUUGCACUUUUAUUCGGCAUUUUCUCGGUCUGUUUGCUCACAUACAAUCACAAGAAAGACUUGGCUGCUUUCAUGCUUCUUUCAUUCUUGUUGUCGGUAUGCGUUAUCGUCAAUACGUGGAUAGAUUUUAAAGGACGUAGUUUGCUUUUUAUAUCACUUUCUUUUACUACCUCCUAUAUUAGUGUCAAAAUACUGCUAGAAUCAUUUACAAGAAAUAUUCAGAAAACACAAAAUGAUGACACUGAGUUUGACGACAAACGGACGAUUAGAUUUGCUUUGAAUGUCCUUUCCCUUUCUCCUUGGAUCUUCCGAAGCAUUGCAUUAACCGAUGUUGCUGCCCGCAGUUUCGUUUGGCCGUUAACAUCCGGUCUAUUUCUCCUCGUCCAUGGACUAUCGGGACUGAGAAGGGGAACUGUCACUGUAUCUAACUAUGCUGUAGUUGAUGGUCUAUUCUGGAGCUCACUGGGUGGGUCUAUGUUUAUAAACGUCUUGAAAGAUUAUACAAAUGUUCUGUUUCCAGCCGUUUCAAUUCCAGUGUUGGUGAUUUUUCUAUUACUUGCUCUGAUAUUAUUUUAUACCGAAGUUUUAUUGUCCUUACAGUAUUUCUUUCUUUCAAUGUUUGUGCUAGUUAUAACCUUUGAUGACAAAGGAGGGGUUUCUGUUGCCGUUUUUACUUGGAUUUGUUUCACUUUACACGUAUAUGGGUACAUAUCUACGUUGUCAAGAUCAUUUUCAUUCAAAAUUCAGCCUCCUGUUGGACAAAACGCUCUUGAUAAGAUAAGUCCAAAAUGUUCUGGUCUGAAAGUUUUCUUUGAAAAUAAAGUUGAGACAGAAAACAGCUCUAAAAAUGUGUUUGAAUCGGACACAAUGCUUGGUUAUUCCAGGUAUGCUAACUUGGAAAUGAUUGGUUAUCUAUCGAACUUCAUUAGCGUCCUUUUGUUUGCCUGGGUUCCAAGUGAUACAACAUUGCUGUUGUUGCCUUGGAAUAUAACUUUUGGUUGUUGUAUUCAGUUUGCUGUGGGGUUUAUUGGUUUCUCUCGAGGUCAGACGUUUGAAAGUUCAUCUUUCCUAAUAUUUGCCUCCUUUUGGUCGAUCUGGGGAAGCUUGAGGGCGCUGGAUGUCACUGACUCGGGAAUGUCUCUUGGAAUCGGAGUAGGCGCCUUUCUGUUGAUAGGACUAGUGUUCAUUGGACUGUCUAUAACGGUGAGCAAAGCUUGGACGGGUAUAUUUGCAUGUUUUGUUUUGUUUAUAAUAACUAUAAUUCUAAAACUAUUCGGGGUAUCUGAUGGAUACAUUGCUGAGAAAAUAUUUGCAGUUUUGUUGUCAUUGGCACUGCUUUACACUUUUCUGUCUUACACUGUGAAAUUGACCUGCGGAAGAGAUAUAUUACCAUUAGGAAGACCUCUUCUGCAAAUCAGUCAAAUAAGUAAAUGUAAGGAUCAAAUGCUGUGGGCAUCUUCCCGUAAAUCGAGUGGUGUUAAACAAAUAGCUGAGAUGCUGAAGACUGGUGGCAUUUGUGGAAUUCCUUCAGAUGUAGUAUACGUUCUGGUGGCUUGCUGCAACCAUCCAAAAGCUGUAGAGAGAGCAUACAAGACAAAAAAGCAGGCAGAGGACCGUCCCAUGUCGGUGUGGAUAUCUAACUUCCGGCAAAUAGAAACUGCUCGUCAAGAGUUUGGACCUCUUCUGUGGGAUUUUCUGCAUGAAAUCUGGCCGUCAAAUGUUUCUGCUGUUGUGAAAAGAGGUGAAUGGGUGAAAUAUUUAGGACUUGAAGAAUCGGAGAGGUUUGUUGGUCGUCCAGACAGCGUUGCUAUUCGAAUCCCAGAUAGUACAAUUACCUGUCACCUCAUAGAUCAGUGUGGUCCCGUGACUGUUACGUCAGCAAAUCCCACGGGGGAAGGGGAUACCACCCAUCACCUCCAAGUUUUGGCAAAGCUUGGAACCGAAAUGUGUGAUGGUAUUUUAUGUGACGGACCUUCGAUGGAAAACGCCAUUUCUACGGUUGUUGAUUGUCGCGAAAUAGACAAUGGGAAACUGGGGUUCUUCCGAAUCGGCCUCACUCCAAAAUCUGCAGUCUUAGAAAUCUUAGACAGAGUAUUGGAGAGACAUGGGAAGCUUACGAAACAAAGUGAAGGCAUUCACAUGAACGGUGUUGCCGACUCCGCCAAAGACAACCUCGCUUUCGAAAUAGAAGCUGUAAAACAUCAUAAAAAUUGAUUUAAAGAAUUCUUGGUUUCUUGUCAUUGUUCAACUCAAAAAGUUUCUUUUUUGCAAAUAAACUGUUGUUUAAUGUU